AUGAAGCCACUCCGGCGGCUGGCUCUGGCAGAGUUUGCAGUAGCUGAAGAUGGCAAUGCGGGAUUGGUAGAAGAACUUCUGUCGGACACGGCGUUGCUCAAGAAGAUGCUUGUGGCCGAUGGAGCCAAGGAAGCACAGGAUGGUUCCGCCAUGAAAAUCUACAAGGACAUCUUGCAGCAACGGGAGUCACGUGAAGAUUCCACAGGCAUUCUGGACCGAUUGGCUUUGGCCAUUGCCUUGGAACAUGCAGUUCCCAUGCAGCAAACCAAUCCCAAAGAAAACGCCAGCAUGGAGGUACACGUAGAUCCCGUCAAGCGCUAUCUCAACUAUGAAAUGGCGUAUCUCAGUGGUGAAUUGGUUCCUUCCUUUGAAGCACUCACUGUCUGGGACUUGCGCUUUGUCGUCGAUAGAGAUGAACCGGAUGAAAUCGCCGAAUGGGGACGUAACACCUGUCGCAACUUUUGCCCGGAUCAUGUUCUAACGCCCAACGAAGAAUGGCGCUACGGCAAUCUGGUACGGAUCAGGAGGUUUGCAAAGUACCAAAACAUUCUCAUGAACGGUGGAAUUUGUGGAAGACGGGCUUGGUUUGGAAGAUUCAUACUCCGAGCCUUUGGAAUCCCCACUACGGCACGCCCCACCCGGGGAAAUGGUGCCCUGUGUCGGUGGACACGCAACGAUGGAUGGGUCACUUGUCUUGGACCUGGUUGGGGAGCUGGCUGGACCAAAACCAUUUACAAACAGGAUGUCGACUUUCUUGCCACUACCGGUACCCAAGCCCGCGCCAAUCCUGCAGCGUAUGGACAGGUCAAACGCGCUCAAUGGAUGGGAUAUGUUGUUGCACACACGAGCAUGACUUUGACAAGAACAAGUUUGGGAAGGACGCCAAGAACAGAGAAAUUGGAUAUUGAGAGUCCUGGCCACCAAGAGUACUGGAGACUCUUCACAGAAAUCGAGUACAACGAAGAUGGUAGCAUUCUCAUUCCGGCAGUGGCCGUCCCCAGAGGAACCAAGGACAAUACGGAAGAAACCAGGUUCGCUUGCAUGGAACUCCCCCAACACGAGGUGGCGAUCACCAGAGGUUUCUACAUUGGCAAAUACCCCGUGACGCAGGCGCAAUACGAGGCCAUCGCGGGAAACAUCCCCAGCAAAUCCACCACUGAUCCGGACUGUCCAGUCGACAACAUUGGCGAGGACAUGGCAUUGGAUUUCUGUCGCGAAGUGACCGUGUUGACGGGUCGAGAAAUUCGCCUUCCCACAGAAGCAGAGUGGGAAUAUGCAUGCAGGGCUCCAGUCACUCUCGAUUUGGAAGAGAAGAGGGCGACAAUACGCUUCGUUUCUGGCGUGAUUUGCCUCCGAAGUACGGUCUGGGCGUCAAGCACUUUACCCUGA